AUGGCGAGUGUGGACGAGGGUGGGCGCAGGAGACCUCGACUGGCAGCGUCGCUGCAGAUCAGCCCCGGGCCUUGGAAGCCCUCAGGAGGGCAGGAGCCCGCAGAGGCUGGGGAUGGGGCUCCUGGGACCGCUGAGCCUGGGGUGGCUAGGGCACAGGAGGCCCACGGGAAGGCCUGUAAGGCCCUGGAUGGCUCAGUUCUGAACCCGGGGCCCGCAGGCGACUUCCCCAUGGCCCUCCGGGGACUCAGCCUGCUGCCCAAAGACCCACCCCCGGUCCAAGCCGUGGCCCUGCUCACCCAGUGCAUGGCUAACCUGGGUGUCUCUCUCACCUUUUUGGAGGACCAGACUGCAGGCCCUGGCUCCUCCUUCUCUGUGUGUGCAGAGCUGGAUGGGUUGGUCUGUCCUGCGGGAACCGGGAGCAGCAAGCUGGAAGCCAAACAGCAGGCGGCCAUCUCUGCCCUUCAGUACAUCCAGAAGCAGCUGGAAAGAUCAGAGCCCCUGGCGACUCCCCGCCAGCCUCUGCUCACCUCCCUCAGCAUCGAGACUAUCCUGACCCAUGAGCAGCGCUGCGCGGCUGUGGUCAGCGCUGGCUUGGACCGACUCCUGAGUGAGAGCUCACCGUAUGGGGCCUGUAAGGGGACAGUGGCCGCAGUCGUCCUGGAGAGGGAGGUCCACGGCAGCAUUGGUCACUCCAAAGAGACCUAUGAGUUGGUAGCCAUGGGCACUGGCAGCAGCAGCUGUGCCGGCUGGCUAGAGUUCUCAGGCCGACGACUCCAUGACUGUCACGGUCUGGUCAUUGCCCGCAGGGCCCUGCUGAGGUUCUUCUUCCGCCAGCUCCUACUGGCCACACAGGGGGGUCCCAAGGGCAAGGAGCGGUCGGUGCUGACCCCCCAGCCUGGGCCCGGGCCCCCCUUUGCGCUCAAGCCUGGGGUCUUCCUGCACCUGUAUGUGAGCAACACUCCCAAGGGGGCAGCCCACGACAUCUACCUCCCACUGGCCUCCGAAGACAGUGUCCUGCACAGUCCAGCCUUCCGCCUGCAGGCCCACGUCUGUGGGCAGCUGAAGCCUGUAUCCUACGUGGCGCCUGCCCUCCGAGAUACCCACGUGGGCUGCCUCUCAGCCAGUGACAAGCUGGCCCGUUGGGCCGUCCUUGGGCUGGGUGGUGGGCUGCUGGCCCACUUCCUGCCACCUCUCUAUGCCACCAGCCUUGUCCUAGCCGACUCCUGCCACGACCCCCCAACUCUGAACAGGGCCAUUCAUUCCCGGCCCAGACUGGACAGUGUGUCAGGGUCAGGUCUUCCGUGUCCGUAUGUCCGCACCACCUUGCACCUGUUCGCUGGGCCCCUGGUAGCCCCCUCUGACCCCACACCCAGCCCCUGCCAUGGCUUGAGCCUCAAUUGGAGCCUGGGGGACCCUGACAUCGAAGUUGUGGAUGUGACCACCGGACGUGUGAAGACUGACUCCAGCAUUGGGCCCCCCUCCCGUCUCUGUAAAGCGGCCUUUCUCGCAGCAUUCCGCCAGGUUGCCAGUGCUCUGGAGGAUCCCCAGCUCCUGUCUCUGCAGACCUAUGAGGCUGCCAAGGCUGUCCCCUACAGGGAAGCACGCCAGCAGCUCUCUCUCCUCCUGGACCAGCAGGGCCUGGGGGCCUGGCCCUCAAAGCCAUUGGUGGGUAAAUUCAGACACUGA